CAAGUAUAUUUGUUGACACAACCCGGAUAGGGACUGUUGUUCAAAAACGUAGCAGUCGACUCAGGCAGGGUACGCAAGCCCGUAGAUUAAACGUACUUUACGCGGCUAUUUCUAAGCCAGUUUGUACAGAUUUGUAGUACAAAACGAGCUUAAGAUUCGUACUUUACGCAGCUAUUUUCCAAGCCAAGUUGUGCAGAUUUUGAAGCAUAAAUCGCGAUGGUUGACAGCGUGUACCGUACGCGUUCUCUCGGCGUGGGUGCCUCGGGUCUGCCGGAUCAGUACGCGGACGGGAAGGCUGCCCGGGUAUGGCAGCUGUACAUUGGCAGCGUGUCCAGCCGCACGGACACCUAUCGGCAGUGGAUCUGUCAGACCCUAAGGGACAACGGCUGCCAACAUGUCCUGGACGUGGCCUGCGGGACUGGCAUCGACUCCAUCAUGCUGUUGGAGGAAGGCUUCCAGGUGACCAGCAGCGAUGCCAGCGACAAGAUGCUGAAGUACGCCUUAAAGGAGCGCUGGAACCGCCGCAAGGAGGACGCCUUCGACAAGUGGGUGAUUGAGGAGGGGAACUGGCUGACACUGAAGGAAGACCUGGAGGACGUUGCCCCCGCGGAAGGGUUUGACGCCGUCAUCUGCCUGGGAAACUCGUUCGCACAUCUGCCGGACUUCGACGGGGACCAGCAAAAUAUCAAGACUGCUCUGAAGAACUUUGCUGGGAUGGUGAAGCCAGGAGGAGUCCUGAUGGUGGAUCAUCGUAACUAUGACUACAUCAUAGAGAACGGACGAGUCCCACAGGCCAACUCACUCUACUACAAGGGUAAGCGGGUGAAGGAGAUAAAGACCUCAGUGCUGUGGGUUGACGGCACCUGCAAGAUGAUCACGCUGGACUAUACCAUCGACAUCAGCGAACAUCCGGAGGACGACGCACCCAUCAAGAAACUCCGCAUCGAGGGGGAGGCAACGGAACCACAGUACAGUCAACAGGGGAAGGGGGACACAGCAGUCCACAGUCUACAGGACAGGUUCAGUAAGUUCCGUCUGUCGUACCACCCUCACCGCCUGGAGGCCUUCAGCCAGCAGCUGACGGAGGCGUUCGACGGGAACUGCAAACACACCGUGUACGGGGACUUCAAGCCGGUGGACCAGGUCAAGGACCCCGGAUACUACAUCCACGUGGUCCAGAAGUUAUAGUGGUGGAAACCCACUGUGAAAUAGCACAUUGGCAGAACGUACUACUGUAACACCUAUGCUGAACCCGUAAUGUAUUAUGCAUAGCACUUCGGCAGAAUAUCUCAUAUAAUAAGGUCGUAUGUGCGCAUAUAAGGCUAACAUCCCGUCUAUAUAGUUUCCAAAUGUUGUGUUGGAAAAGAUAUCUGAUGCAAUGUUGACCAAACCAACGAAAACCAUGAAAAAUCAGGGUUUUACGCAGGCGCAGUACGUUCUGGCAACAUGCUCUGUAAAAUGCACAAGUGUUUUAGAGUUUUAACUUGUGGCACUGUUUUAUCAAAAUACAGCAAUGCAAGCGCGGGUGGAUCUUAAUACUGUAUUUCCUUCCUUUGAAGGUGAUGGUUACUGUUUGAUGUAAACCCUCUUGCACAAGCGGAGUUUUACUUUGCACUGUUUUAUUGAAAUACAGUUUCGGUAUUCAUGGUUGUGAAGUUCAAGCUUUGUUCCAACACAUCAAAAACACUCACCCCAAUUCAAUUUUAUGUUGAUCUCUUUGACCUUCGUCAGAUGACUGACCCACUGUGCUGACUUUCCAGAAUCUGGGAUCACAUAAUGAUGUCAGGAGUGAAUCAAAAGUUGUGGAGAGUGUAUCUGUUGUGUUGGAACAAAGUUAAAAUUUUACAACUACGGAUGUUCUACCAACACAGAUGAGCUUUCAUUCGAAUAUUAGAAGGUUUGGUAUUCGUAAAGCAAUGCAAGAGUGGGAAGUGUUUCUUUCAAGGGCCAUUUUGCAUAUCGCUAUGAAUCUAAAGGUGUAAAUGUUACUGUGUAAAAUUACCUGAAGUUCACUACAUUAUGUACAAUCUUAAUGAUUGUAGCUGAAUUCAAUUUAAGAAACCACCUGUGUUGUUGAAAUUUAUUUUAAUCAUGACUGAAAUUUUAUUGAAAGUUCAAUUCUUGAUCUUUGGGAGUUCUAACAUUUGUGAUAUCAUAUGUUUUUUCAGUUCCCAAUUUUUAUGACAAGAAGUGUGCUCUUCUUCAAUAAAUUUUAAAAGGUAUUGUUGGUGUAGGAUAAUGCAGAUGUUAGACAAGACCCAUGAGUGUCUCUCCACUGGGCUAAACCGCAACAGGGAUAAUUGAGUGUACGGAAAACUGUAUGUAACAGUUCUACACUAAGGUGUACCACUGAAGAAAUGUGUACUGUGUACAUUUUAGAAACCUAUGGUGGAUAAUAAUAAAAAAAAUGAGGUAUAAA